GCGCGCGGCCCCAGCCCAGCCGCCGUCCCGGCCUCGCGCUGCACAUUCUCUCCUGGCGGCGGCGCCACCUGCGGCAGCGUUCGCCCGAACAUGGCGACACGGAGCAGCAGGAGGGAGUCGCGACUCCCCUUCCUAUUCACCCUGGUCGCGCUGCUGCCGCCCGGGGCUCUGUGCGAGGUGUGGACGCAGACGCUGCCCGGCGGCCGCACGCCCCUGCCCCAGAACCGGGGCUUCCGCGUGGUGCAGGGCGAGCCGCGCGAGCUGCGGCUGUGGGCGCGCGGGGGGCCCCGGGGGGCGGACGAGAAGCCGCUCCGGAGGAGACGGAGCGCUGCCCUGCAGCCGGAGCCCAUCAAGGUGUACGGACAGGUUAGUCUGAAUGAUUCCCACAAUCAGAUGGUGGUGCAUUGGGCCGGGGAGAAGAGCAACGUGAUCGUGGCCUUGGCCCGGGACAGCCUGGCACUGGCAAGGCCCAGGAGCAGUGAUGUGUACGUGUCUUACGACUAUGGGAAAUCGUUCAAGAGAAUUUCCGAGAAACUGAGCUUCGGCGUGGGAAACAGCAGUGAGGCAGUGAUCGCCCAGUUCUACCACAGCCCUGCGGACAACAAGCGCUACAUCUUUGCAGAUGCUUACGCCCAGUACCUCUGGAUCACGUUUGACUUCUGCAACACUAUCCAUGGCUUUUCCAUCCCGUUCCGGGCAGCCGAUCUCCUCCUGCACAGCAAGGCCUCCAACCUUCUCCUGGGCUUUGACAGGUCUCACCCCAACAAGCAGCUAUGGAAGUCAGAUGAUUUUGGCCAGACCUGGAUCCUGAUUCAGGAACACGUGAAGUCCUUUUCUUGGGGUAUCGAUCCCUAUGACAAGCCAAACACCAUCUACGUGGAACGGCAUGAACCCUCUGGCUACUCCACGGUUUUCCGAAGUACGGACUUUUUCCAGUCCCGGGAGAACCAGGAAGUGAUCCUGGAGGAAGUGAAGGACUUUCAGCUUCGGGACAAGUACAUGUUUGCUACAAAGGUGGUGCAUCUCCGGGGCAGUCUGUAUCCAUCUUCGGUUCAGCUCUGGGUCUCUUGUGGCAGGAAGCCCAUGCGACCAGCCCAGUUUGUCACAAGGCAUCCUAUUAACGAAUAUUACAUCGCAGACGCCUCCGAGGACCAGGUGUUUGUAUGCGUCAGUCACAGCAAUAACCGCACCAACUUAUACAUCUCGGAGGCAGAGGGCCUGAAGUUCUCCCUGUCCCUGGAGAACGUGCUCUACUACAGUCCGGGAGGGGCGGGUGGCGACACGCUGGUGAGGUAUUUUGCAAAUGAGCCGUUCGCCGACUUCCACCGCGUGGAAGGGUUGCAAGGAGUCUACAUCGCUACUCUGAUUAACGGUUCCAUGAAUGAAGAGAACAUGAGAUCAGUCAUCACCUUUGACAAAGGGGGUACCUGGGAGUUCCUUCAGGCUCCAGCCUUCACAGAAUAUGGAGAAAAAAUCAACUGUGAGCUCGCCCAAGGCUGUUCCCUGCACCUGGCCCAGCGGCUCAGUCAGCUGCUCAACCUCCAGCUCCGAAGGAUGCCCAUCCUGUCCAAGGAGUCCGCUCCCGGUCUCAUCAUCGCCACUGGUUCGGUGGGAAAGAACUUGGCAAGCAAGACGAAUGUGUACGUUUCUAGCAGCGCAGGAGCCCGGUGGCGAGAGGCACUUCCUGGACCUCACUACUAUACUUGGGGAGAUCAUGGCGGCAUCAUCAUGGCCAUCGCCCAGGGCAUGGAAACCAAUGAGCUGAAAUACAGCACCAAUGAAGGGGAGACCUGGAAAACGUUCAUCUUCUCUGAGAGGCCGGUGUUCGUGUACGGGCUCCUCACGGAACCCGGCGAGAAGAGCACCGUCUUCACCAUCUUCGGCUCCAACAAGGAGAGCGCCCACAGCUGGCUGAUCCUCCAGGUCAACGCCACGAAUGCCUUGGGGGUUCCCUGCACAGAGAAUGACUACAAGCUCUGGUCACCAUCGGAUGAGCGGGGCAACGAGUGUUUGCUAGGACACAAGACCGUUUUCAAGCGGAGGACUCCCCAUGCCACGUGCUUUAACGGAGAAGACUUUGACCGGCCUGUGGUCGUGUCCAACUGCUCUUGCACGAGAGAGGACUAUGAGUGCGACUUUGGCUUCAAGAUGAGUGAAGAUUUGUCCUUAGAGGUGUGUGUUCCAGAUCCGGAGUUUUCUGGGAAGUCCUACUCUCCUCCUGUGCCUUGUCCUGUGGGCUCUACUUACAGGAGAACAAGAGGCUAUCGGAAGAUUUCUGGGGACACUUGUAGUGGAGGAGAUGUUGAAACACGACUGGAAGGAGAACUGGUCCCGUGUCCCUUGGCAGAGGAGAACGAGUUUAUCCUGUACGCCAUGCGGAAGUCCAUCCACCGCUAUGACCUGGCCUCGGGAGCCACAGAGCAGUUGCCUCUCACCGGGCUGCGGGCCGCAGUGGCCCUGGACUUCGACUACGAGCGCAACUGCUUAUACUGGUCCGACCUGGCCUUAGACACCAUCCAGCGCCUCUGUUUGAACGGGAACACAGGACAAGAGGUGAUCAUCAAUUCUGGCCUGGAAACCGUAGAAGCCUUGGCUUUCGAACCCCUCAGCCAGUUACUUUAUUGGGUGGACUCUGGCUUUAAAAAGAUUGAGGUAGCCAAUCCAGACGGCGACUUCCGGCUCACGAUCGUCAACGCCUCCGUGCUCGACAGGCCCAGGGCUCUGGUCCUCCUGCCCCAAGACGGGGUGAUGUUCUGGACCGACUGGGGAGACCUGAAGCCGGGAAUCUAUCGGAGCAACAUGGACGGCUCGGCUGUCCAUCGUCUCGUGUCAGAGGAUGUGAAAUGGCCCAAUGGCAUCUCUGUGGAUGACCAGUGGGUCUACUGGACAGACGCCUACCUGGACUGCAUCGAGCGGAUCACUUUUGACGGCCAGCAGCGCUCCAUCAUCCUGGACAACCUCCCGCACCCCUACGCCAUUGCCGUCUUUAAGAACGAGAUCUACUGGGAUGACUGGUCGCAGCUCAGCAUCUUCCGAGCUUCCAAAUACAGUGGCUCCCAGAUGGCGGUUCUCGCGAGUCAGCUCACGGGGCUGAUGGACAUGAAGAUUUUCUACAAGGGCAAGACGACUGGAAGCAAUGCCUGCGUAUCCAGGCCGUGCAGCCUGCUGUGCUUGCCCAAGGCCAACAAUAGUAAAAGCUGCAGGUGUCCGGAGGGCGUGGCCAGCAGCGUCCUCCCAUCCGGGGACCUGAUGUGUGAGUGCCCUCAAGGCUACCAGCGGGAGAACGACACCUGCCUCAAAGAAGAGAACACCUGUCUCCGGAACCAGUAUCGUUGCAGCAAUGGGAACUGUAUCAACAGCAUUUGGUGGUGUGACUUUGACAAUGACUGCGGUGACAUGAGCGACGAGAGAAACUGCCCGACUACCGUCUGUGAUCUGGACACCCAGUUCCGCUGCCAGGAGUCUGGGACCUGCAUCCCACUCUCCUACAAAUGUGACCUUGAGGACGACUGUGGCGACAACAGCGAUGAAAGUCACUGUGAAAUGCACCAGUGCCAGAGUGACGAGUACAGCUGCAGCUCUGGGAUGUGCAUCCGCUCGUCCUGGGUGUGCGAUGGGGACAACGACUGCAGGGACUGGUCUGAUGAAGCCAACUGUACCGCCAUCUAUCACACCUGCGAGGCCUCCAACUUCCAGUGCCACAACGGACACUGUAUCCCCCAGCGGUGGGCAUGCGACGGUGACAUGGAUUGCCAGGAUGGUUCCGAUGAGGACCCAGUGAACUGUGAGAAGAAGUGCAAUGGAUUCCGCUGCCCGAAUGGCACGUGCAUCCCGUCCAGCAAGCACUGCGACGGCCUGCGGGAUUGCUCGGAUGGCGCGGACGAGCAGCACUGCGAGCCCCUGUGCACGCGCUUCAUGGACUUCGUGUGCAAAAACCGCCAGCAAUGCCUGUUCCACUCCAUGGUGUGUGAUGGGAUCGUCCAGUGUCGCGACGGCUCCGACGAGGACGCGGCGUUCGCAGGAUGCUCCCAAGACCCCGAGUUCCACAAGGUCUGUGAUGAAUUCAGUUUCCAGUGCCAGAAUGGAGUGUGCAUCAGCUUGAUUUGGAAAUGCGACGGCAUGGAUGACUGCGGUGACUACUCCGAUGAAGCCAGCUGUGAAAACCCCACAGAAGCCCCGAACUGCUCCCGCUACUUCCAGUUCCAGUGUGAGAAUGGCCACUGCAUCCCCAACAGGUGGAAAUGUGACAGGGAGAACGACUGUGGCGACUGGUCUGAUGAGAGGGACUGCGGAGAUUCACAUAUUCUUCCGUCGCCCACUCCCGGGCCCUCCACGUGUCUCCCCAAUUACUACCGCUGCAGCAGCGGGGCGUGUGUGAUGGACAGCUGGGUGUGCGACGGGUACCGGGAUUGCGCAGACGGCUCGGAUGAGGAAGCCUGCCCCUCGCCUGCAAAUGUCACGGCUGCCUCUGUUCCCACUCACCAUGGGCACUGUGACCGAUUUGAAUUCGAAUGUCGCCAACCAAAGAAGUGUAUCCCAAACUGGAAACGCUGUGAUGGCCACCAAGAUUGCCAAGAUGGCCAGGAUGAGGCCAACUGUCCCACGCACAGCACCUUGACCUGUAUGAGCAGGGAGUUCAAGUGUGAGGAUGGCGAGGCGUGCAUCGUGCUCUCCGAGCGCUGUGAUGGCUUCCUGGACUGCUCGGACGAGAGCGACGAGAGGGCCUGCAGCGACGAACUAACUGUAUACAAAGUUCAGAAUCUUCAGUGGACGGCUGACUUCUCUGGGGACGUAACAUUGACCUGGACGCGGCCCAAGAAAAUGCCUUCUGCUGCUUGUGUAUAUAACAUCUACUACAGGAUGGUUGGGGAGGGUAUCUGGAAGACUGUGGAGACGCACAGCAAUAAAACCAACACCAUAUUAAAAGUCUUGAAGCCAGACACCACAUACCAGGUCAAAGUGCAGGUCCAGUGCCUCAGCAAAGUGCAUAACACCAACGACUUUGUGACUCUGCGGACGCCAGAAGGACUGCCAGACGCCCCGCAAAAUCUCCAGCUGUCACUCCACAGGGAAGAGGAAGGCGUGAUUGUGGCCCACUGGAUUCCUCCCACCCACUCCCAUGGCCUCAUUCGAGAGUACAUUGUGGAAUACAGCAGGAGUGGUUCCAAGAUGUGGGCCUCCCAGAGGGCUGCUAGUAACUUUACGGAAAUAAAGAAUUUACUGGUCAACGCUCCAUACACCGUCAGAGUGGCUGCGGUGACGAGCCGUGGAGUAGGAAACUGGAGCGGUUCUAAAUCCAUCACCACCGUCAAAGGCAAAGUGAUCCCACCACCAGAUAUCCACAUCGACAGCUAUGGUGAGAAUUUUCUGAGCUUCACCCUGACAAUGGAGAAUGACAUCAAGGUGAAUGGCUAUGUGGUGAACCUUUUCUGGGCAUUUGACACCCACAAACAAGAGAAGAGAACUUUGAACUUCCGGGGGAGCAUCUUAUCACACAAAGUUGCCAAUCUGACUGCUCACACGUCCUAUGAGAUUUCUGCCUGGGCCAAGACUGAUUUAGGGGAUAGCCCUCUGGCAUUUGAGCAUGUCACCACCAAAGGAGUCCGCCCACCCGCUCCUAGCCUCAAAGCCAAGGCCAUCAAUCAGACUGCAGUGGAAUGUACCUGGACUGGCCCCAGGAAUGUGGUUUACGGUAUUUUCUAUGCUACGUCCUUCCUUGACCUGUAUCGCAGUCCGCAGAGCCUGACUACUUCCCUGCACAACAAAACAAUCAUUGUCAGUAGGGACGAGCAGUAUUUGUUUCUGGUGCGGGUGGUGGUGCCCUACCAAGGGCCAUCCUCCGACUACGUCGUGGUCAAGAUGAUCCCAGACAGCAGGCUCCCACCGCGUCACCUGCACGUUGUUCAUACUGGCAAAACCUCGGCUGUCAUCAAGUGGGAAUCCCCCUAUGAUUCUCCUGACCAGGACCUGUUAUAUGCAGUUGCUGUCAAAGAUCUAAUAAGAAAGAGUGACAGAAGCUACAAAAUAAAGUCCCAUAACAGUACAGUGGAAUACACCCUUACCAAGUUGGAGCCUGGAGGGAAAUACCACAUCAUCGUCCAGCUGGGGAACAUGAGCAAAGAUUCCAGUAUAAAAAUCACCACAGUUUCAUUAUCUGCACCUGAUGCCUUAAAAAUCAUAACAGAAAACGACCACGUUCUUCUCUUUUGGAAAAGUCUUGCUUUGAAGGAAAAGCAUUUUAAUGAAAGCAGGGGCUAUGAGAUACACAUGUUUGAUAGUGCCAUGAAUAUCUCAGCUUACCUUGGGAAUACUACUGACAAUUUCUUUAAAAUUUCCAACCUGAAACUGGGUCAUAAUUACACUUUCACCGUGCAAGCAAGAUGCCUUUUUGGCAGCCAGAUUUGUGGGGAGCCUGCUGUCCUGCUGUACGACGAGCUGGGGUCCACAGGUGGGGGCGCGUCGGCGUCCCAGGCCACCAGGUCCACUGACGUUGCUGCCGUGGCGGUGCCCAUCUUGUUCCUGGUCCUGCUGAGCCUGGGGGUCGGCUUUGCCGUCCUGUACACGAAGCACCGGAGGCUGCAGAGCAGCUUCACUGCCUUCGCCAACAGCCACUACAGCUCCAGGCUGGGCUCAGCCAUCUUCUCCUCGGGGGACGACCUGGGUGAGUGGGGCCGGCGGCCCCGGGCUUCCUCCAAAGCCGGGUCCUUGGUUAGGAGAUGCGUGGGUCAGGCUUGUCUUGGGACACUUAGGAGGGGUUCGUUAACCAGUGAUCUCACUGCUUUACUUUACGUUAAACCCUUUGGAGCCCUUAGCUUGGAACUUGCUUCUCUGUUAAAAUACUCGUACUCUCUUCAGCGGUGUGGUCCUGGGCCCAGAGCGGGAGCGGUUUUGUGGAAGAACUGGGAGGAGCUUGCCUUGUGCAGAAAGGAUAGGAGGGCCCGGGGCUUAGGAGACUCCCAGAGCAUCAGCAGAUUUUCCGGAAUGUCCAAGCCCUCUCAUCCUUCAUGGAUCUGGAGGUCUGACAUCUUGGGAGAGCCUAGUCAAGAGGAGACGUCAUGCUUUCCCAGAUGACUUCUGUCCAAAGAGGCCCUUUCCAUCUGGCUCUCUGUCUUUCUGAUACAGCUGGUCAAACCUCCCCGGCCAUUCUUCUUUCCCGUACCCACAGCAUGGUAUGGGAAAAAGAAAGAAGUAGCCCUUUUAAGAUGUCUGCAUGCUCAGAUUCUAAAAGCUAAUAGAGCUAGUAGACCACUUAAUAUGGUAAAUUAGGUGUGUUUGGGGGGUCUUCCCCGAAUGUGAUUUCACGUACCUAUUUUUUUCUGGAAACCAGUUACAAUCUUUUUUCUUUAUGAAGUACUUGUAUAUUCCCUGCCCACUGAUCAUUUGAUAAUAGCUUUGCUCCCUCUUCUCAGUUUCCUGUCUUGCUUUGUACAAGUAUUUGGACUGCCUUGCAUGAAUGGGCUGCAUUCUUUGCUUCCGUUCCUGGGGGCAAAAGGAGUUGGACCCGUGGUGGCACCACACAGUGAUCACUGAAUGUGGAUCACACAGCUUAGUUGCACAGGAUUGGAACAGGGGCCACAGCGGGACUUUCUUAGCCCCUCGAAGAUCCCUACCCUCAGAGCAGUGAGGGUUCAGAGGAGGAAGCAGAUUAUGAGGUUUCACUGUUGACAUAAGCUGUGGAUCAUUCAAAUUAGGGAAGCUAAAUUGCCCUUCGGACUUUUGGGUAGGUCAUAAGAGUCUCCCUUCUAAGAGAUUGACUUUCUUUAUUUGGUCAAGUUCAAGCUACCAUUAAAAUAAGCUUGGCUACCCAUUGAUGGGGGAGAAGGUGACCCAAGCGUGUCGGCGGGGAACUGAGCUGGGAUUUGGCUUUGGCUACUGCGCCUGGUGGGCUGUGGUCCCGAUUUUCCAGGCUGGUGGUGUUGGGAGUGGUCGGGGCGGAGCGGUGGGAGUUGGGGUUGGAUGCAGAUGCGAUGGAACUCACCACGGACUGACUCUUUUGCCUUUAGGGGAGGACGAUGAAGAUGCCCCUAUGAUAACAGGAUUUUCAGACGACGUCCCCAUGGUGAUAGCCUGAAAGCUCUCCUCACUAGAAACCAAAUGGUGUAAAUAUUUUAUUUGAUAAAGAUAGUCGAUGGUUUAUUUUAAAAGAUGCACUUUGAGUUGCAAUACGUUAUUUUUAUAUCGGCCAAAAACAAAAACAAAAAAGGAAAGAAAGGAAUGAAUAAACUUUGUAGUAAUCAGCUGUGAACUUCAAACCAGGUUGAUUUUAGUAACCAAAUUGCUCUGAUUUCAUAUUAAUGUAGUCUUACAGGGCUGUGCUUGCUGGGCAUGCUUUUAAGUCUGUGAGAUAAUUUUGAGUCAAUAAAUUGGCCGUUCUUUUUAUUUUUCUAAGACACAGAAAUGUAUUUAAUAAAAACUUUGAGAGAGGGUGAUGGGUGGCAUCUCUCCCAACCCCUCCCCUCCCCCCGCCAUUGAAAGUGUGCUCAAAUUUUAAAUUUUGUUUGGAUUUUGUUUAUAUGAAAGAGUUUGUGUGUAUAGUGGGGGAAAGUUCUUUUCUGUACUUUUGUUAAUUUAUUCGGACUCUAUAUAAGGCAAGGCUUUCGUGGUCGUCGACUCCGCACGUUAUGAGGGGUUGUAGGGUCGAGGGGUGGGGAACAGAAGCAGUUUUGUUGCCAUUCCGGAAACAAUCCGUUUUUAUUCACUUGUGUGUCAUGUAAUGGUAUCGGGCAGAAGAGGACAUUGAAUCUGCUCGGUUUCAGUUAGACAGACGUGCGGCUCCGAGAGCCCUGCAAGCAACAGCUUCUUCUCUUAUGUUCACCGCUGGAAUCUUAUCGUCUACGCCUCUGCACAAGACGUAGCUCUCCACGCUACAAGCUGAGAACACUGCUUUAUUAUACACUGGUGUCGUGGUCAUCGCCACAAAUGACUGCUCGUGGGAGAGUGCUAGGUCUGGGCCAUGAGAGAUACACUGGCAGAUAAGAGUACCUAAUUUGUCCUUCAGAUAUCUUGUUUUUCCUUACCACUGAAGAAUCUCGAAUGUAAAGGUUUUUUUUGUUGUUUGUUUUUUUAAGAUUUUUUUUUUUUUUAAA